UGUUACCGUUUUCGCUCCAAAAGAGAGUUAUCUUUUCAACGUUGCUUUGACACUCACACUACUCACACCCUUUUCUGUUUCUCAUUCACACUCGCCGCCGUUCAACGCUGCCGGAGCUCCAUUCUCCACCGCCGGCGAGAUCUGACCGGAACCCAGAUUUAGAAACCAUGUUUAAUCAACAACGUUUGCAUCUUUGAGAAAACCCAAGUCAAUUUUCUCUCUCUCCCCAACAUGGGUCGUUUCCAUUUUCUUCUUCUUCUUCUUCUGUGUUGUCUCUUUCACUUCUUCUUCUUCUUCGCUACCCAUCACGCAAAUGCCCUCAACGCGUCGGUUCCCAACGAUGCAUUGUCCCUUCUCAGCUUCAAACGCGCUGUCUCUUCCGACCCUUUGAACCAUCUCUCCGGUUGGACCAACCGCUCAUUUUCCAGUCUCUGCAAUUGGCGCGGCGUCACGUGCGGCGGUGACGGGAGGGUGAGCGCUCUGCACGUUACUGGUCUUCGCGGCGGCGAGUUGACGCCUUCUGUUGGCGAUUUGUCGGGGCUUCGUGUCCUGUCCAUUCCCGGAAACAUGUUUUCCGGCGAGGUUCCGACGAGCAUAGGGAAUCUCCGGGAACUUGAGGUUCUUGAGCUCCAGGGGAACAACUUCUCCGGGAAAAUCCCCUACCAGAUGAGUUUGCUUGAAUCUCUUAGCCUUGUUAACCUCUCUGGUAAUGCUUUCUCUGGUUAUAUACCCAGUGGAUUGAUUGGUUCUAGGAAUUUGAAAAUCGUUGAUUUGUCGAAUAAUCAAUUUUCUGGUCCUAUUCCAGUAAAGGGUUUUAGUGGUUGUGAUUCGUUGAAUUAUUUGAGCCUGUCUGAUAACUUUUUGAUUCGAGAGAUUCCACCCCAGAUUGGGAAAUGCAGGAACUUGAGGACCCUUUUGGUUGAUGGGAAUAUAUUGGAGGGUAGGAUCCCUCCUGAGAUUGGAAAUCUUGUUGAACUUAGAAUUCUAGAUGUUUCUAGAAACAGCCUCACUGGAAGGAUUCCCAGGGAGCUGGGUAAUUGUUUGAAAUUGUCUGUGCUUGUGCUUACUGAUUUGUUUGAUGACCGCGGUCCCGAUGAGGGAAGCUUGGAUGAUAGCUUUAGAGGAGAGUUCAAUGACUUUGUUGGGCAUAUUCCCCCUGAAGUGUUGUUGCUUUCAAGUUUGCAGGUUUUGUGGGCGCCCAGGGCGAAUCUUGGUGGACGGUUGCCUCGUGGCUGGACAGAUUCGUGCUCACUCCGAGUACUCAAUUUGGCAGAGAAUUAUGUUACUGGUGUCGUGCCUGAGAGUUUGGGGAUGUGUAGAAAUUUGACUUUCUUGGACUUGAGUUCUAACAAUUUAGUGGGAUAUUUGCCUUCCCUUCAGCUUCAGGUUCCUUGUAUGAUGUACUUCAAUGUCAGCAGGAAUAAUAUGUCUGGCAUGCUUCUUGGGUUUAGGAGAGAAAGCUGUCAUGUGAGUAGCACCCUUGCUGCACUAGACCCUGCAAUCCUUGAGUUGGAAGGUUUUAGUGAUGCAUACUUUAGUAUUCCUGUUUUGAGUUAUCAAAAGAAUGCUCUCAUUGGAUCAGGUUUUGAAGAGACUUUUGUUGUUAGCCAUGAUUUCAGUUGGAACAGUUUCUUGGGAUCCUUACCUUUGUUCUCUCUUGGAGAUAAUAUUUUUGCUGCAAAUCGUAAAGUCUCCUACAUGUUGUCUCUCAAUAAUAACAAGUUCAAUGGAACUCUACACCACCAGCUAGUUUUGAACUGUAAGGACCUCAAGGCAUUGUCUGUUAACUUGAGUGUGAACCAACUAUCCGGUGCGAAUUCCCUAGCAUUUUUCCCGGGCUGUCUGCAGCUAACAGAUUUUGAAGCAGCAUACAACCAGAUUGAUGGGACUAUUGGACCGGGUAUAGGUGACUUAGCGAUGCUUCAGUGUCUUGAUUUAAGUGGGAACAAACUAUCUGGAGUAUUGCCGGAUCAGCUGGGAAACCUAAAAAACUUGAAAUGGGUGCUUCUAGGAGGAAACAAUCUAACAGGCGAAGUUCCUUCCCGACUUGGUGAAUUGACUUCCCUCACUGUUUUAAAUCUGUCUCACAAUGCUCUCACAGGAACAAUUCCAGAAAGUUUGUCUAAUGCCACUAGUCUUGAAGUUCUGUUGCUAGAUUAUAACAACCUUUAUGGGGAAAUACCUGUAUCUUUUUCUGCUCUCUCCAAACUUGUUCAACUAGAUGUCUCUUUCAACAACCUUUCAGGUCAUAUUCCUCAUCUCCAACUCCCAAGUGAUUGUGAUUCCUAUAAAGGGAAUGAGCACCUGCACUCUUGCCCUGAUCCAUACUCCAACUCACCUGCUUCUCUUCCAGUCCCUCUUGAAGUCCAUAAUUUCCAUAGACGGAGGAAAUUAUCGACAUUGGUUAUUGCUGUGGUCACUUCUGCUUCUGUGGCUCUCUGCACACUUCUGGUAAUAGUAAUCGUGAUCACUUUUAGAAAGAGUAAACUUGGUCGGUGUAGCAGUAUUAGAAAGCGAGAGGUAGUGACCUUUCAAAAUGUUCCUAUAGCAUUGAGUUAUGACAGUGUGGUCACGGCUACUCGAAAUUUCAGCAUCCGGUAUCUUAUCGGCACAGGUGGCUUUGGGUCAACUUACAAGGUAGAACUAUCCCCAGGUUUUCUUGUUGCCAUAAAGAGGUUGUCCAUAGGUAGAUUUCAAGGCAUUCAACAGUUUGAAACGGAAAUAAGGACUCUGGGGAGAAUUCGACACAAGAAUCUUGUGACUCUUAUUGGGUAUUACGUAGGAAAGGUUGAAAUGUUCUUAAUUUACAACUACCUUUCUGGUGGAAACCUUGAAGCUUUCAUACAUGACAACUCUGGGAAAAAUGUAUUGUGGCCAGUUAUUUACAAAAUAGCAAAAGACAUAGCAGAGGCCCUUGCUUACCUUCAUUACUCUUGUGUUCCUCGCAUAGUUCACCGCGAUAUCAAGCCUAGCAACAUUUUACUUGAUGAAGACCUUAAUGCCUACUUAUCCGAUUUUGGCUUGGCGCGGCUGCUUGAGGUAUCUGAGACUCAUGCCACUACAGAUGUGGCAGGCACAUUCGGUUAUGUUGCGCCCGAAUAUGCCACCACUUGCAGGGUUUCUGACAAAGCAGAUGUUUACAGCUUCGGUGUUGUGUUAUUAGAAAUGAUGUCAGGAAGAAAGUCACUUGAUCCAUCGUUUUCUGAAUUUGGAAAUGGAUUCAAUAUUGUGCCGUGGGCUGAGCUGCUGAUGACAGAGGGCCGUUGUUCUGAGCUAUUUUCAUCUUCUUUGUGGGAAUCAGGGCCGAAGGAAAAGUUGCUGGGGCUUUUAAAGCUUGCAUUAACAUGCACAGCAGAGACUCUUUCUAUUCGGCCAUCAAUGAAACAGGUUCUUGAGAAAUUGAAACAAUUGAAAAAUUGAACACUUUCAGCAAAUCAUACUGAAUAGCAUUUGAAUGCUCCUUUUGGUUGCUUGAAAAUAUUGACCGAGGUCCAGCAGCUGCAAACCUUAUCAUGAAGUUGGUUCUUCCUUUAGGAAUCCCAUUCUCAUCAUAGUGGUACACACAUGAGCUGUUACUACAAAUCCUGUGUUCCUCCUUUCACAUAUGUGCCAACAAUUUCCACACCAUCUGAAGAUCACUAAGAUGGAUGUUUGUGAAUAUCAUCAUAUCUCAUUGGCUUCCUAUGAGGCCAUGUGCAUUGCAGGGUGGUCUGUGCCAUUAUGAUUUUUUUUGACAUUUUGGAUUAUUUUUUACGUGACCGCUUGGGAACUCUCAAAAAUCCAAAGUUCAUUUAUGACAUGGUGACGAAGCAAAUGUCAUCAUUCUUCAGAACUAUCAAGACUUGGUUCAGUGUUUGUGAAUGAGAGAUGCCACUUUUUCCAAAUCUACUGGAAAGUGUAAAUACAAUCGGUCAUGUAGGAUGUUACUUGACAUUAUGUUUUUAGUUCCAACUUGUAAAUAGAAAGUAGAGAGAAAAACAUGAUUCAUAGUAGGUAGGGCAAUUCACAAGGAUGGUUGGUUUCGCGUUGAAA